AUGCCAGGCAAGUGUGAGACAGAUCGAUGUGGAGUAAGACAGUGCUUGUUGACAGUCAAGUGGGACAGCAGCCAGGUAAAUAUUACACCUUCCGUACAUUCCACUGGUGAAUUCCCCCAGCUUCUCCAUCAUGGUGUGAAUGUGCCACAUAAUGAGUCACAUUUGUUGACUCAGCAGAAUGGCAGCACAGCUAACAUGCUGGAAGCAUCGAUGAGAUCCAUUACGCCUCAGAUUAAUGGGAGGUCCUCUAGUGAUGACUUUGACCAGCUGAUCAGAAAUAUGUCUCAGGGUCGUCUUGUGGAGACUAUUGAGCUUAUUAAACCUUUAAGUGGUGGUCUGGGCUUCAGUGUUGUGGGACUCAAGAGUGAAAACAGGGGAGAACUAGGAAUAUUUGUGCAAGAAAUCCAGGAGGGAAGUGUGGCACAUAGAGAUGGAAAGCUGAAAGAAGCAGAUCAAAUCCUUGCUAUUAACGGACAAGCCCUUGAUCAGACAAUUACACAUCAACAGGCUAUCAGCAUCCUACAGAAAGCAAAAGAUAAUGUCCAGCUGGUUGUGGCCAGGGGCACGUUCCCUCAGCUGAUCAGUCCUGUAGUUUCCCGGUCUCCGUCUGCUGCUAGCACAGUUUCAGCCCAUUCCAACCCGGUUCAUUGGCAGCAUGUGGAGACCAUUGAGCUGGUGAACGACGGCUCAGGUUUGGGAUUUGGGAUAGUGGGAGGAAAGUCAACUGGAGUGAUUGUUAAAACCAUCCUCCCAGGAGGGGUGGCUGAUCAGCAUGGGAGAUUGUGUAGUGGAGACCACAUCUUGAAAAUUGGUGAUACAGACCUGGCUGGAAUGAGCAGCGAGCAGGUGGCACAAGUUCUGAGGCAGUGUGGAAAUCGAGUGAAACUGGUUAUUGCAAGAGGUCCUGUUGAGGAGCCACCUCCACCAGCAGUCCCUCCAGGUACACCAAUACCUGUCUCCACAACAGAGAAACAGGUAGAUGCUUCUGUUGAUAGCUGUGAAGAUGGGGAGAAAUUUAAUGUUGAACUCACUAAAAACAUUCAGGGGUUAGGAAUAACUAUUGCUGGUUACAUUGGAGACAAAACAUCAGAACCUUCUGGUAUCUUUGUGAAAAGUAUUACAAAAGGCAGUGCGGUUGAACAUGAUGGCAGAAUCCAUGUGGGAGAUCAAAUUAUAGUUGUGGAUGGAACAAAUCUUCAAGGUUUUACUAAUCAGCAAGCAGUUGAUGUUUUGCGGCACACGGGACAAACAGUUCAGCUCACUUUGAUCAGAAGAGGGUUUAAGCAGGAAACUCAUAUUCAGCCUCAGGAGGACUUCAGUGCUGCUGUUGAAAAGGACUUACUGUUCCACACAAUGGAUAGUAGCACAACCAAAG